AUGUCUCUCAAUGAGAGGGACAAGCUGCAACAACAGCAACAACAACAACAACAACGUACUUCUCCACUCCCACCGCAGCAACGUCAGUCAUCGCCACAAAACUCAUUGCCCACAUCACGGCCAGGUGGUGUUAUUCCAGGAGGAGCUAUAACAGGAGGAGGAACACCAACGGCAUCUCGUAUUAAUCGUUCAGUACUUCCACCCAUGAGUCGAUCGCCCUUACCACCUAUGGCUGCAGGACGAGCAACACCUCCCACUGGAUCACCCGGUGGAGGCUUGAGUAGCAGACGAGGUCCUCCUGGGGGUUUACCAGGUCGUAUGGGAGGCAAGAAACCAGGAUUGAAUCUAUCACAACUUGGCAUCGCACCUAAGCCUGAUACGCCUUUUGCCAACUUUUCGAAAUAUGUGGAUCCAUCUGGCAAGCUCAACUUUGCUGGCAAGGCUAUUAUUCAUGCCGACGGUGUUGAUUUCAGUAAUGGCAACAGCUUUGCUAUCAAGAUGGCUGAUUUGGAGUUGCAAGAAGAAUUGGGCAAAGGCCAAUAUGGCACCGUACAAAAGGUGUACCACCGAGUGACAAAUGUCGUGAUGGCAAUGAAGGAAAUUCGUCUCGAGCUUGAUGAAACCAAGCUGCACCAGAUCUUGAUGGAGCUCGAUAUCCUACACAAGAGCACGAGUGAUUACAUUGUCGAAUUCUAUGGUGCCUUCUUUAUUGAGUCAUGCGUCUACUAUUGUAUGGAGUACAUGGAUUGUGGAUCUUUGGAUAAGUUGUAUGGCGAGGGUGUGCCAGAAGAUGUCUUGGCAAAGAUUGCAAUUUCGAUGGUCAAAGGUCUUCGAUUCCUUAAAGAUGAACUUUCCAUUAUUCAUCGAGAUGUCAAGCCUACGAAUGUACUCGUCAAUAGCAAGGGUCAAAUCAAGCUAUGCGACUUUGGUGUAUCAGGUCAACUUGAUCGUUCGCUUGCAAAGACCAAUAUCGGUUGUCAAAGUUACAUGGCCCCUGAACGUAUCAAGGCAGCCAACACCUACACAGUUGCUUCGGAUGUUUGGUCACUUGGUUUGUCGUUGGUGGAAAUGGCUGGUGGCAAAUACCCAUACACGUAUGACAACAUGUUUGCUCAGUUGAAGGCCAUUGUUGAUGAGGAGCCACCCACAUUACCAGAGCAUUUCUCAGAUGAUGCACGCGACUUUAUCGCUUCUUGUUUACACAAGGAUGCAAAGGAACGACCGACUUAUGCAAAGCUGCUUGAUCAUCCUUUCAUCAAAAAGUACGAAGAUGUCGACGUGGACAUGGCCAAAUGGGCAAAUGAUGCGUUCGCUGCUCGAAUGUCGAACAACAAGAAGCAUUAG